GUUCCUUUACUCACUUGUGUUAUCUCGUCGUCACACAUCGCUCCAAGGAGAAAAUGGCACUCUCCUUCCUUCGAAUCCCCGGUAACUGCUGCAUUCCAUACACCAACCUGCAACCUUUCCCUUCCAAAAAUAUCCUCCGCAAGACCACGGUGGUGGCGGCGGCGGCGGAGCUCCAAGCGCCGAUGGGGCUGGCGGGUGGAACCGAUUACGAGUUUCCAGGUGGUAAUGUUCCAACCCAUAAGGUUACAGUCCACGAUAGACAACGAGGAGUUGUUCACGAGUUCUCAGUGCCUGAGGACCAGUAUAUAUUACAUACUGCUGAAUCCCAGAACAUUAACCUUCCAUUCGCCUGCAGGCAUGGUUGUUGUACUAGCUGUGCUGUGCGGAUCAAGAAUGGACAGAUUAAACAGCCACAGGCACUUGGGAUAUCUGCCGAGUUGAGAGAGAAGGGUUAUGCACUUCUUUGUGUCAGCUUCCCAACAUCAGACGUUGAAGUAGAAACUCAAGAUGAAGAUGAGGUAUAUUGGCUUCAAUUUGGACGUUAUUUUGCCCGAGGACCGGUGGAAAGAGAUGACUAUGCCUUGGAGUUGGCCAUGGGUGACGAGUGAGUAAGCAAUGUAGAAAAUCUGUCACGCAAUGGAGCAGGCAAUGCGAAUUUUGUUUCCCCCUUCUUUUUCAUCUUUUUUUUUUAUGUUUCUAUGUCAUCUUGAUAUUUUUCACUAGAUAUAUAAACACUAUUGUUAAUGUCAAUAUCAACAAUGAAAGAAGUAGAAGUUAGAGGAUGCCUUCGGUACUGAUAUGGAUGGAUUUUGUUAGGGAUGGACUGGAUGAAUAUGGACUAAUGGAUUAUUUUGUCAGGCUUAGGACCAAUGAAAAUAUCUCAAAACUCAUAAAGUUGCAACACCAAAAAUAUCUUCAUAAUAAAAUAGAGUCACUUUUAAUUGUUAUUA